AUGGCUACUUUAUCAGUUCUAGUAAUCCUUCUCUCAAGCUCUUUAUGCCUCUACUUUCUCUCAAACCUGUUCAAGUUCCUUGACAGCGUAUGGUGGACACCAAUCCGCAUUCAACAUCUCAUGACUUCACAGGGAAUCAGAGGCCCUUCCUACAGAUUCAUCUAUGGAAACACCCAAGAAAUUAUCAAAAUGAGAAAUGAAUCUAUGAGUACAUCCAUGCAGGAUCUCUCUCACAAUAUUUUUUCCAGAAUCCAGCCUCAUAUUCACUCUUGGACCAAGACAUAUGGGACGAAUUUUCUGUAUUGGGAUGGUCCUCGAGCUCAGUUGCUUGUUUCAGAGCCAGAGCUGAUAAGAGAGAUUCUAAACAAUAGAGAUAAGAUCUACAGAAAAUCGGAGUUUGUAGCUUUCACUAGAAAGCUAUUAGGAGAUGGGACCUUUACAUCUGAAGGUGAAAAGUGGUCCAAGUUGAGGAAAUUGGCCAACUAUGCCUUCCAUGCAGAGAGCUUAAAGCAUAUGAUUCCAGCUAUGAUUACUAGCGUUGAGAUGAUGCUGGAGAGGUGGAAAAAACAUCAAGGCGAGGAGAUUGAGGUAGUGGAAGAGUUCAGAUUACUGACAUCUGAAGUGAUUUCUAGGGCAGCUUUUGGAAGUAGUUAUGUCCAAGGAAAAAAUAUUUUUGACAUGUUAACAAAGUUAAGCAUGCUAUUAAGCAGAAAUAUUUUUAAGGUUAAGCAGAUAGGCUUAAUCAGUAAAAUCUGGAAAAGUAGAGACGAAAUUGAAGCUGAUAAGCUUGAGAAACAACUGGAAAACUCCAUUUUAGAAAUAAUAAAAAAGAGAGAAGAUGAGGUGAUGAAUGGAGAAGUAGAGAACUUCAGAAAUGAUUUUCUUGGAAUUUUACUAAAGGCUAAACAUGGUGAUGAUGACUCCAAGAGGAUUUCAUUAAGAGAAGUGAUUGAUGAGUGUAAGACAUUCUAUAUUGCUGGACAAGAAACCUCUAAUACAUUGCUCUGUUGGGUUGUACUGCUUCUAGCAACCCAUUCGGAUUGGCAAGAAGAAGCAAGAAACGAGGUUUUCAAGAUUUUGGGUAACAAAACUCCAACUGCUGAUGGAAUUGCAAAGCUGAAGAAAAUGGGAAUGAUCAUCAACGAAACCCUGAGAUUAUAUCCUCCAGUAGUUGUAUUUUCAAGAAAAGCAGAUAGAGAAGCUCAAUUGGGGAAGCUCACUCUGCCUGUUGACAUAAAUCUGCAUAUCUCAACUCUAUCAAUCCACCAUGAUCCUGUUACGUGGGGUGAUGAUGUUCAUCUUUUCAAGCCAGAAAGAUUCUCAGAAGGACUUGCUAAAGCUACAAACAACAAUAAGGCCAUAUAUAUGCCCUUUGGCUUUGGGCCUCGAACUUGUGUAGGUUUAAACUUUGCAAUCACUGAAGCAAAGAUAGCUCUUUCAAUGAUUUUACAGCAGUAUUCGAUCACCCUCUCCCCUACCUACGUUCACUCGCCAGUUGAGCAUCUUACAAUUCGCCCACAAUAUGGAAUUCAGGUGGUGCUUAAUAAAGUUUAA